AUGACGAUUCUUAUCUCGUCCGAGAUUCCAUGGUGUGUUACCAGUACCACGAGAACCGACUCCACCGCUCAGGCGCGGGGGUCAGGCAAUCGAGAUAUUUUACCUACUAUUCCACGGCGCUUCUCGACACGUCAAAUUGUCCGAGAGAUUAUGGCAAAUAUCAAGAAGCCAGAUGUUACCCCUGCCGAGAUGGAGGACUCAUCCUCAAUCGGUAUCGGCAAGGUAGCCUCGACGAGCGAUGGCGAUGUUGCUGCCGCCUAUGCACACCAGUUGAACGGCGAAGGCGCAUACAGCAAAAAGGAAUGGACACGACUCAGAUGGAAGCUUGACCUCCGGCUCGUUCCACUCCUGUGGUUUAAUGUCACGCUGGGUGCCAUGGACAAGGUCACAACUGCAACUGCAGCUCUGUAUGGUUUCAAGACAGACACGGGACUGACCGGAGAUCGGUAUAGUUGGGUUGGAAGUGCAUUUUAUUUUGGAUAUCUCUUUUGGUGUUUUCCAUCCGGCAGUCUUCUCCAACGGUUCCCGAUCGCCAAGUUAAUGUUUGUUGCUCAAAUUGUCUGGGGACUGGUUCUGAUUGGUACUGGGUUUGCCAACAACUUUGCAACCCUGAUCGCCCUACGUGUCAUUUUGGGUAUGCUCGAAGCCCCCAUUGUUCCAGGCAACCUAUUGGUCAUGACCAUGUGGUACACGAGACGAGAGCAGCCACUCCGAACCGGACUCAUGUAUACCGGGCUUUCCGUCUGCUUCACCGGUCCGAUUGGCUGGGGCAUCGGCUUCCUCUCAGGGGAGCAUCAAUGGAGGACCAUGUUCUGGAUCACCGGAGCAAUGACCAUUGUAUGGGCAUGUGUCAUUGGAUUGUUGCUUCCAGAUAACCCGGUCAAGGCCAAAUUCGUGAGCGAGCGAGAAAAGGCCAUCGUCAUUGACCGACUCCGCGAAGACCAGACUGGUGUCGAGAACAAGACCUUCAAGAAACAACAAAUGAUUGAGGCUUUUCUGGAUCCAAAGACGUGGCUGAUGUUCCUUUUUCAAAUCUGGAUCAAUAUUCCUAAUGGAGGUCUCACCAAUUUCGCGCCACUCAUCAUCAAGGGGCUGGGCUACAGUUCACAACGAUCCGUCCUUCUCACCAUGCCAACGGGAAUCAUGCAGACCAUGUCUUCAUAUAUUUGCAACGGUGGAGUCUUUCUCUGCGUCAAGUACUUUCCCACAAAGCAGUUCCGUUCAGCCUUUAUUAUCUUUGGAAUCAUUGUCGGCAUGAUUUCGUCAGUGUUCCUCUAUACGCUACCUCUCGACAACUAUAACGGACGUCUCGCCGCGCUCUACAUGUCUUACUUCUAUCUCGGCCCCUACAUUGUCAGUCUCGGUAUCAUCACAGCGAAUACUGCCGGGCAUACCAAGAAAGUCACAGUGAAUGCAUUGAUUUUUAUUGCAUACUGUGUUUCAAACAUUAUUGCUCCGCAGUUCUUCAAGACGGAGCAGGCGCCUCUUUAUUCACUUGGCAUGGGCUCCAUCUUGGGAAGUUAUGUCUUGUCUAUGCUGACCAUUAUUGCCUACGCCUCGUAUUGUUGGUGGGAGAACCGGAGAAGAGACGCUGUAGAUGCGGCAGCAGGGGAGCGGGUGCACCUCGAUACGGAUUUCAAGGAUUUUACAGAUCAGGAGAAUAUCCACUUCCGAUAUCAAUGGUGA